UUCUUUUUUGCAUCUAAUUCUUCUCUUCUCUCUUUCUAUUGCAGUACUCCAUAGCCUACCUACACCCUCUCUCUCUCUCUCUCUCUCUCUCUCUCUCUCUCUCUGAAACUCAUCUGGGAAAUAUAAAGCCUGUCCACAACUGAACUCCUUCUUUGGAAUAAAUUAUUGGGAGUCGUGUCAGUACAAACUCUCUAUUUUUUUAUUUUUAUAAUAAUCAUUAUUAUAUAUAGGUUGUAUUGUAUUGUAAUAUAUGGUAUCGCGGGGAAAGGGGACAGACACCUCAUGUGGCGGCUUGUAGUUUCUAAACCAGGCAGACGACGAUCGUUGCUUUCCAUUGUUUGGGCUUCUGAUUUUUAAUCAUUCAAUAUUUUAUACACACACACACACACACACUCUCUUUCUGAAGAAGGGUUCUUGUUAUUAUUAUAUUCCUGUGUAUGAAAUAAUUGAGGGGAGGGGAAGUCUAUUUUGGUUGUAUUGACAUGGGAACGUAUUGACCCACUUAAGUUUGAGCUUCAAUUAAGAGAGAAAGGAAAAGAAAGGCUUAUUUCUGAAGAGAUAUAUGUUCUUAGAUUUGUUCCUACAAGGUUUCUUUCAUGGCUCAACAUGUUGACUUGUUAAGAAGAGAGGAGGUCUCGUAAGAAAGAAGAGAUCAUCUCUAAUCAACUUCUUCUUCUUCUUAGUACCACUAAAGCAUAUUAACUUCUAGUUCUGUUUAACCUUUUGCGACAUAAUUCUCUCUUGUUCUGAAUCCGAAUCAGCAUCAAGUUUUGGAAUAUCAGAAGAUAGACGCAAGCUAUAGCGAAGUGUAAACAGGAAGAAGGAGACAUAUAAAAUUGGAUAUACAUGGCUAGGGAAAUCUGUGAAGAUAAAUCAAAGAACUUCAUUUCGUCAGCAUCUGGUUUCUGUUACUCAGAUGUUUCAUCGAGUAACCCAACAGUUCAUCAAACCCAUCUGGUGAACCAGAUCCAAGACUUUGAAUCGAAUCCAGAGAUCUUUAACUUGACCACAGGCAUGGAGAUGAUAGGGUUUUCUAAGAAUCUACAGCAGCAACACUGUGACAGCAACUCUGUUAUGUGGAAAGAGUUCUUUAGCAAACAUGGAAACAACGCUGGUCCGUCUUCUUCAAAAACGAUCAAUGAGUCAACAAUUGACUUUUAUCAUCAUCAUGAGUUCAACAAACCAGAGUUCACUACUGGGAUAUCAGAAACAAGUAGCGAGAAUCUUAUAGUUGGAGCUCAAGAGCAUGGUGGUUGGCAAGAGAAUAGGUUACUUGUUGAUGAUUCUUCUUUGAGGUGUGUUUUUCCUUGUGAACCCAAUGAAAGACCAAGUCAAGGUCUUUCACUUUCCCUUUCUUCAAGUAAUCCUUCAAGUAUUGGUUUACAGUCUUUUGAACUGUGGCCGGCCAAUCAUGCAAGCCAUGACCAACAAGACGAAUUGAGGUUUGUGGGGUUAAGUUCUAGAGAUGGGUUCUUUGGGAAAUCUGCCACCAUUCAAACCCAGCAACAAAUGAUGCAAGAUGGAUUUUUGGGUAAAGCUGCGAAUAUUCAUCCUCAAGGGCAGUUUCAGCCGAGGAAUUCAAGGUACUUGGCUCCUGUUCAGGAGCUUUUGAAUGAGUUUUGUAGCCUUGGGACUAAGCAAACUGAUGGUCCAAAACAAAAGAUCCAUAAGACCAAACAAAGGGAUGAUGAAAAUGCAAGUAGUUCUUCGAGAAGGCAAUCUAUUUACUCCCUGGACUUCAUCGAAUUACAGAAAAGAAAGACAAAGCUGCUUUCAAUGCUGGAGGAGGUUGACAGACGGUACAAGCACUACUGUGAUCAAAUGAAAGCUGUGGUAUCUUCCUUUGAAGCAGUGGCGGGUAAUGGAGCGGCAACAGUCUAUUCAGCUUUGGCUUCUAAGGCCAUGUCAAAGCAUUUUCGAUGUUUAAGAGAUGGGAUUGUGGGUCAAAUUCAAGCAACAAAGAAGGCCAUGGGAGAGAAAGAUCCAGUUGCACCAGGCACAACUAGAGGUGAAACACCAAGACUAAGGAUCCUUGAUCAAACUUUGAGGCAACAAAAGGCUUUUCAACAGAUGAGUAUGAUGGAGAGUCAUCCAUGGAGACCCCAAAGAGGCUUACCUGAAAGAUCCGUUUCAGUUCUUCGGGCUUGGCUCUUUGAACAUUUUCUACACCCAUACCCAAGUGAUGUUGAUAAACAUAUCUUAGCCCGCCAAACUGGUCUAUCAAGAAGCCAGGUGUCCAAUUGGUUCAUCAACGCAAGAGUGAGGCUGUGGAAGCCUAUGGUGGAAGAAAUGUACUUGGAAGAAACAAAGGAAGGAGACAACUUAGCCUCUCCAGAUGGGGUUACUGAUUUUGAUGACAAUGGUGGCCGGCUUAAUCAGAAUCCUAAAACCGAUCAGAAACCAACAGCCGAUCAACUUGUUCGAAUUGACUCAGAAUGUCUAUCUUCCAUUAUCAAUAAUAACCCUGAUAAGAAUGAUCCUAAAACCCCUAAAACCCUUCAUCAAAACCAACACUUGCAGCAUCAGCAACAAAACUUCGGGACAUUCGGCGCCAUGGAAUUGGAUUUUUCAACGUACAAUCAGCAUGCAGUAGGUGAGGUUUCCUAUGUCAAUGAUCAUAGCAAUGAUAAUCAGAAUUUCAAUGGCGGUGGCGGCGUGUCCUUGACAUUAGGGCUGCAACAGCAUGGACAUGGUGGUGGCGGAGUGAGCUUAGCAUUCUCGCCCGCAUCACAAUCCUCUCUUUUUUACACCAGAGACGUCGACAUUGAAAAUUGCCAACCAGUUCAAUAUUCACUUUUAGACGGUGAAGGACAAAAUUUGCCUUACAGGAAUCUGAUGGGAGCUCAGUUGCUUCAUGACUUGGCUGGCUAGAAGUAAAGUCUGUCUCCAUAUUUAUGAAGCUAUCACAGAAGAAGUCUCGAUUCUUAUCAAAGAAUAGUUUAGGUAUAGAUAAAACUGCAUACGAUAAUAUAUACAUAAAAGCUACAGUUGGGUUGAAUAUAUCAUAUAAUAUAUAUUUAUAUAUAUCUAGUUCUAGUAGUUUUGCAUAUUUUUAAUAUUGGAACAGACAUGUCUUUUUACUGUUAGGUUGAAUUUCAAUGGCAAUGGCGAUUGAUUGAUGCAA